UCCUUCCAUACAAUGGGAAUUAGGGAUGUAGAGAAACUUUGUUUUACUCCUCGGGAGAUUCACACAAGUUUGGAGCUCUUGCAUGACCACACUGGACAUAGAGAAAUUAGACUUUGAUUUUGGAUCAUAUGGCUAAUGUCACAAUACACAACGCUACGUGCUUCUCACAAGCAUUGACAGAAGAUUUCUGGGAUGGGGUGAAACUAUCAUUUACAGUGUCCAUUGUGAUUGGACUGGUGAUUGGAGGUAUAAUAUGGACCCUUGUUACAUGCUUGUCUCGUCGUCGAGCCAGUGCAUCAAUCUCACCUAGAAUGCCAAAUUCUUCUAGUCGAAGACCUAGAUCAUCUUCACAUAACCGGGCCUUAAAUCGGUCUGGGUUUUAUCGCAACAGUAGUUGUGAAAGAAGGAGUAACCUCAGCCUGGCCAGUCUGACCUUCCAAAGACAGACAUCUCAAGAGCAAGCAGACCCAUUUUCUAGAAAACCAAGCUUCAGAGCCUCAACCUUUCAUCCGUUCCUGCAGUGCCCACCCCUAUCCGUCGAGGCUGAUAGCCAACUUGUUACUCUACCUCGUGCCAACAAUACUUCUCCAACAGCAAACAACAUAGUAAAUCUUAGCCGGCCUGAUUUUCAUUGGUCAAACAAUAGCCUCAGACUUGGACCUUCAACUCAAACUCCACCACCUGCAUAUGACAGCAUAAUAAAGGCUUUUCCAGACUCUUGAAACUUGCAUAGAAAUAUGAAAUAUAUAAUGCUUUGAGGAUCAGAUGCAGUAUAUCAUGAUAUUUUGUGUACAGCACUAUGGUGCAAUGAAGCAAAGCCUUACAAAUAUUUUAUUGUUUCCCUUUCACGCAUGAAGUAAAUUAAAUUGGUGGAUGCUUUUUUGUUAAAUUGAUGAUAUGAACUGAAGACCUUUUGAACAAAGAUUCUGGAUAAAAUUCCAACACAUUCAUUAUCAUGCAGAUUUUAAACGAGACAUAAACUUUCCAGAGCAGUGGAAGGUUUUUUUUGUGGAAGAUUGCAAAAAUUAUUGAUUUUGUGCAUCCCUGAUAUAAACACAUUCAUUUAAAACCAAAAAUACUGAUGAAUCAGGCUGCCACAAGUUUAAUUUUAUUGUAUUUGUAAUAUUUACAUUUCAGACCGAUGAAUGCAGGAGGCUUCUAUUCUGAGUUAUGGUAAUAGUAUUCAAAUGAUGAUGCAUUACAAGGAAGUCGGUGGAGUCACAUGGAGGAUCACAUCUGGUCGAUAAGCUUUCAGUUUGACUACCGUAUUUGACACCAUUAAAGAGCCAAAUUAUUUAGGCUGUUAGCUUACUGUACAUGUUAAAAUAUUUUCCUUACAGCUCUUUCAGGCCUCAACAAAGCAUGGCCUGCAUAUUCAUGAAUGGGGUGAUUUAAACAUCAGCAGCAAUGAUAUAUAAAAAUCUUUGUAUUUCAAUGUACCCAUCCGUGUUUUAUAUUAAAACGAACAGAAAAUAUGAAAACUGUCAUGUGCAAUAAGUAAAGCCAUAUUUCCACAGAAGGGGAGUAGGCUACAGAAAAUAAUUGUCUAUUCUGUAUGACUCAUGCAAAAUUGUGUCUGCUUCAUAAAAUUGAGAUAUCACAAGCAAUAAUAUCCCUUCAUCAAAAACUAAAAUAAUGGAUUCAGCUUUUUUAAUCUUGGGACAGACCAAAUCCAUAUAUUAGAGCCCUCACUACAUUAGAACAUUUAUUUUAUUAUGAGCUAUGUUGGUUUUUGGUAUCAUUUAUGCAGCAAAUUUUUGAUACACUUGUAAAUAUGAUUUCCGUGUUGUAAUGAUACUGAUUAUUUUGAAUAUUUGUAAUAAAAGUUAACAAAAAAUACUUAAUGUUCUAUAUAAUGUCCUAGAUGACAUCAAUGUCUGAUUAAAUAUUUAUACUAGAAAAUAUUUAGCUUUCAGCACAUGAUAAUAAUUUUUUUAAAGGGGAAGUAAUGUUUCUAACAAAGAUUCUCAAAUUUAUAUGUACAACUGUUUCCUGACCGAAUAAAUGUAAUAUAUAUGUGCAAUUUUCUGUGCUGUAUCCUAGGAAGCAGUGGAAUACAUUCUUUCUUUGUGCUCUGAUUGAUAUAUCAGUCAUGCCUACAAUGUGUUUUUGUUAAAUAUUAUUUAAAAUAAUAGCAAAAUAAUAGCAAA